AUGGUUAAACUCCACUUUAUCACCCCUUUAUAUACAAACCAUCAUCACCGCCUGAACUACAAAUCGCCACCACCUUUUCAACUAGCAAUGAUCGGAGAAAGAAGACGCCGGAUUCCGACGAUCGAUGUUCCACCGUGGCCGUACUCCGAUGAUCAGACGGCGAACAUGCAGUUCAUGUUAAGCCCUAGUACAAAUUCCAUUUCUACCCCUAAUAAUUACAAUUACAGUAACUUUGUUGUUGAAGAUGAUUAUUCUCUGUUUCUACAAAAUGAUGCGGAAGAUAUCGAUGAAUUUGAGUUGGAAAAUCGUGAGAUUGAACUUCCGGUUGAUGUUUACGCUUGUGAUAAUUUCAGGAUGUAUGAGUUUAAAGUAAAGAGAUGUGGACGUGGAAGGUCACACGAUUGGACGGAAUGCCCGUAUGUUCAUCCCGGUGAGAAAGCUCGCCGGAGAGAUCCACGGAAGUUUCACUAUUCCGGUACUGCAUGCCCGGAAUUUCGUAAAGGGAAUUGUAACAGAGGUGAUGGGUGUGAGUACGCACACGGCGUAUUUGAGUGUUGGUUACACCCAGGUCGCUAUCGUACGCAGCCUUGUAAAGAUGGUGGUAACUGUAAAAGAAGGGUUUGUUUCUUCGCUCACUCGCCUGAGCAACUCAGAGUAUUGGCUCCGGGUUCGGGUUCGGGUUCAGAUUCGCCUCGACGGUAUGUUAAAGCUUUGCAUUUUGUUUCAUCGCCUGAGUCGAGUUCGCCGCCGACGGAGUCACCACCGAUGUCUCCGAUGACGGCGAACUCGUUUACCUCACUGAGUCGAUCACUCGGAUCGAACUCGGUGAAUGAAGUAAUGGCUUCACUGCGUCAGCUACAGUUAAACAGGUUGAAUUCCAUGCCUUCAUCAUGGAAUGUACAGAUGGGUUCACCUGUACUCGGGUCACCUAGACGACCCGUUAUCCGACCCGGUUUUUAUAGCUUACCUACAACACCAUCUGGAGAUCCGACCCGACCCAGAAACCGUUGUUUCGAUCUAUGGGAAAAUGGGGAAUGUCAAGAAGAACCUGUUAUGGAGAGAGUUGAAUCGGGAAGGGAUUUAAGGGUGAAGAUGUUUGAGAGGCUAAGCAAGGAGAAUCCACUCGACGAUCCGGUAAAGCCGAACCCGAAUUUAAAUUCGGGUCCGGGUCCAAAUCCGGAUGUCGGGUGGAUUUCGGAUCUGAUCCAGUAAAGUAAAUGGUGGUUCUUUUUUGUGUUUUCCUCAUUUUGGAAGCUAAAAUUGAAGGAUAUUAUGUAUGUUAUUAUUAUAUAAUAUGGUAAGAAUUUAAUAGUGGUAAUAGAUAUGGGGAAUUAUGUUUGGUUGUAAAGGGGAAAGUGAAAAUUUAGGAAGUUUUUUUUUGAAGGAAUUGUAGGGAGCUAUUAUUAUUAUUAAAAAAAAAAAUACCCCAAUCUUUAGAACGAUUUUUUUUAUAAAUGUUUAGCCAAAAUGGCAAAGUAAAGAUGGGGUGUUGUGUUUGUUUUGAUAUUUGAAGAAUGGCAAAUUGUAAUCCUUUUAAUGUUAUGUAUAUGUACAUUUAUAUAUGAUUUUGUAAUUUGUAAUGUUAUUUUUAUUAUUGUUA